CAAAUGUUCUGGAUAUCACACUUGUUGAUCUUCCAGGCAUAACAAAGGUUCUUGUUGGUGACCAGCCAUCUGAUAUCGAAGCCCGAAUCAGAACAAUGAUCAUGUCAUAUAUCAAAGUUCUCUCCUGUCUCAUUCUAGCUGUCACACCAGCUAAUUCGGAUUUGGCUAAUUUAGAUGCUCUUCAGAUGGCGGGAAUUGCUGAUCCGGAUGGAAAUAGAACGAUUGGUGUAAUCACAAAGUUAGAUAUCAUGGACAGGGGUACUGAUGCCCGGAAUCUGUUACUAGGAAAAGUUGUUCCUCUUCGACUUGGUUAUGUGGGUGUUGUAAAUCGUUGUCAGGAGGGGCACUUGCCAUUGCUCGUGCCAAUAAAUUGCCCUGAAGCUUGUGCUGCAAUAUUGUGGAAAUCUUCCAAAGCUGCUCUUAAGGUAAUGAAUUUAAAUCAGUUCUGA